UUAAUCAAAAGAAAAGAACCAAAAGGUACAACCCUAAUCAGCACAAAAAAGAAAUGCUGAACGCCUGAAUUCCCCGAAAGCCGACGGACCCCCGGAGAUAAAAAAAUUAUCUGUUCGGCCGGAAUUUUCGUGUAAUCAAGAUGGUCGAUGUUGAGGCUUCUCCACCACCUGAUAUCAAUGACAAAGUGAUAGCCUCUCCUCCUCAUCACGCAAUCUCAAUGGUGCCUAGUGAAGGAGAAUGCGCAACGGGAAAGAGGAAGGAUCAAGGUAUUGGUGAACCUGAAGGGAGCAGAAAAAAGAAGAAAAAACAAGCUGCCACUCCUCGUCCUGCUUGCUCUUGGGUGCACUUCAGCCGUGACUUUAUUAAAGAGUAUAGUGCUACACAUCCUGAAUCUUCAGGCCUGAAAGCUGCCACAAAGGCAGCAUCAGAUGCAUGGAAGGUGAUGGGUGCUGAGGAGAAGGCAAAGUACACUACUCGUGCCCGUGAAGUGUGGGAUAAGUACCUGAGCGCAACACCUGCCCGUACCCCUAAGCCACGAAGACAGACCAAACUAGUCACAAGGUGCUCCCCUGGUCGUCUACUUAAUGUCUUACAACGGCUCUCACCUGACCAGAAGGAGGCUGUAAAGAGCAUGGGGUUUGGUAGCAUCCUUGGCCUCAGAUGUCGGACUCUUCGAAGAAGCUUGUGUCUUUGGCUAUUGGAGAGGUUCAAUACUGUAAGACGCAGCUUGGAAAUCUGUGGUGAGAGGAUACCUUUAACUCCAAGGGAUGUGGAACUUGUAAUGGGCUUGCCUGCCAGUGGGAAAGAUGUGGUGAACUCAGGGUCGGAUGAAUUGAUUUUAGAAUUACGUAAAAGAUAUAAUGCCACCAAUCGUGGAAUUUCUGUCCGUCUUCUGGAGGAACGACUUGCAGCUCCAGAAGCUGGGGAGGAUUUCAAAAGGUCGUUCGUGCUUUAUGUAAUGGGCACUCUAUUGUGCCCAACUGCAAGGCUUGACGUGAGCCCUUCUUUCCUCCAUUUUUUGACAAAUAUGGAUGUACUCCAUCAAUAUAAUUGGGGAAAGUUCUUGCUUGACCGGCUAGUGCGGGAGAUUUCUCGUUUUCGUCAAGGAAAGCAACGUGCAGUUGGGGGCUGUCUUUUGUUUCUCCAGCUCUUUUACUAUGAGAGUGUUGCUGUUGGAGCAGCAUAUGAAUCAGCCCCUGUAGCUUUUCCGUGCCUAUUCUCAUGGGGUGAGGAGGAGAUUAGUGAGAGAGAAAAGCAAGAGAAGGAACUUGGUGGUUAUGGCUCAGGGGAGGUAGUCUGCAUGGAGAGAGGACUUGGUAUGGGUUCAUUGGGAUACAAAGCCCAAACUGAUAGUAUGCCGCUGAGAGCAGUGGAACCAAUGCAAGAGCUUUCUCAUGCACAGGACAUCGAAGAUCAAGAGUGUGAGGAUACCUUCACACAACAGGAACAUGCACACCCAGAUAGAAUCAAGGGGAAUGUUGCUUGUGCGGAGAUUGAAGUAGCUGCUGGUUCAGGAGAAGUACCUUGUGGAAACAUCAACUAUGGAUGCGCAGAAAUUAUUGAUUACUCAAAGAAAAGAGAUCACGAAGAGGGCUGUCCCUAUGCACCUUGCACGUGCCCUCUCCAGAACUGCAAUGUUGUUGAUUCCUCCAAAGAAAUCUCAUUGCAUUUCAGUAAUAAGCACUGGGAUUCAGGGAGGCGCUUCCAGUAUGAUUCCCCGUUGCGUGUCUCGUUGAGCAAGAAGGAAACUUUCCUUGUUUUACAAGCAGAAAAAGACGGGGUCCUCUUUCUUCUUUCCAAGGGAACACAAAGUAUAGGGCAUACUGUUGUGAUUACUUGUAUCGGCCCAAGGUCAUCAAAGGAAGGCUUCUUGUAUGAUGUAGUAUCAGAAAGGGGAAACAGCUCACUGAGAUUGAAAUCAUUUGCUCAUAGUUUUCCAGGUAGAGUUGAAGGUUUGCCCCCAGUGGAUUUUCUUCUAGUUCCUUUUACUUAUCUGGGCUCAUCCGGGCAGCUAGAUUUAGAGAUUUGUAUAUGGAGCGCGACAGAUCCUGGAUCAGAGUGAGCUCGGUGGAUGUAAUAUCAUAGCUUUUUUUGUAUCAUUGUAUGGAGAACGUAGGAAUAUGUGAUUAAUCAGCCUGUUUAGAGAAUCAAACUUGCUGCUCAGGGCAAGUGCGUGUUUAUUUAUAACCGGAAGAAAGGAGAAGCUGCAGGAAAAUUAUUGAUCC